CUGCCUCCGUCCGUCCGUCGCCUCGCGCCGACCGAUUCGCGUUUCGGAUUCUCCUGCGACCGUCACCAUUAGGAUCGGCGGAGCCGGAGCCGCUCGCGACCGUUGCCGUUGCCAUCGCUCCCUCAGGCCGGUGUAGAGCCGGCGUUGCCAGAGGGCCAGGCCCGGCCCGGGCUAGCAGACACACACACACAGACGGAUAGAUAGACGGGCGGGUGUGGUGGAGACAUGUUCGGGGUAGGUGGACGGACUGGCUGUGCCGGGACUCGCCGCUGACAGACAGACGGACGACAUGACCGUGGCCGUCUUCUUCGGCUGCACUUUCGUCGCCUUCGGACCCGCGUUCGCCCUCUUUGUUUUCACCAUCGCCAAGGACCCGCUGCGGGUGAUCGUGCUGAUCGCGGGGGCAUUUUUCUGGUUACUCUCCUUGCUGUUAGCUUCCUUAGUGUGGUUUAUCGCUGUAAAGGCUAGCAAUGAAAAAGAUGCUGGACUACAGAAAUCCCUCAUUAUCUUUGGUGUGAUGUUCUCCGUAGUUCUACAGGAAGUCUUUCGGUUUGCUUACUACAAAUUGUUGAGAAAAGCAAACGAAGGUUUAGCAGCACUAAGUGAAGAUGGAAAGUCACCUUUGUCAGUCCAGCAAAUGGCUUAUGUGGCAGGACUUGGAUUUGGAAUAAUGAGUGGUGCUUUCUCUGUUGUCAACAUACUAGCUGGCUCUGUGGGACCAGGAACUGUGGGAAUAUUUCAUGAUUCUCAGUAUUAUUUCCUCACAUCAGCAUUUAUGACCAUGGCCAUCAUACUGCUACAUACAUUCUGGAGUGUGUUGUUCUUUGAUGGAUGUGAGAAUAAGCGAUGGUGGGCUGUUGUAGCAGUGAUCUCAACACACUUGCUAGUAUCAGGACUGACAUUUCUGAAUCCAUUGUAUGAAGGCAGUCUUAUACCUGCAUAUCUAAUAAUGGUUCUUAUGGCAGCUUGGGCUUACUUUACAUCAGGUGGAUCAUUGCAAAAUCUUCAAAACUUCUUCCUGUGUAAGUCAAAUAAGUAAUACUGCUGCACAUGCUGGCUCCAAAUUGAAACAGAUACCACUUUUCCACACCGAGAUCUUGCCAGAAAUUGCUGGAAUACUAACAGAAGCCUUGAACACAGAUGAAGCAAUACCACAAUAAAUGAUACUAACAGGGAACAGUUUAAAACAUCAUUCACCUAUUUGACUGAUUGUGGGACUGCCUGCACACAUGCAUGCAUGUGUGCAACAGAACAUUUUUACAGAACAAAAAAGUUUGCAAUUACCAAGCAUUGUGCCAUGAUUGGGAAAGGGGCGUUUUAGGUAUUGCGGGAACUCAUGGGCUAUUGCUUCUUAUUACUUAGAAAUGUGAUUCUUAAAUAACCUGGAAAUGUAAUCUCUAUAAGAUUUAUUAAUUCAGUGCUCUGUACACCAGGUUAAAUGUACAAUGUGUAUUAUGGACUUGAAAUUGUUCAUAUACUGGGAUUUUCUUACAGCUUUCAAAUCAUUUUUUUGACAUUAUCAUGAGACAUGUUUGUCAACACAUUCAAAUAAUAAAGUCUGGUUAGGAAAA